CUCCUCGCCCCUGCACACAGCUGGUUUUGAGGGCUAGCUUUCCUGGUAGGUAGCCGAGCGGCCCACGUGUGUGGCCGCCAUGCCCGCCCUACGUGCGCCCCGAUUGGUUGGGGCUGUCACCCUCCUCCCUCGGGAAAGACGGCGCGCUCCGGCUGCGUAGCGGAUCCUGCAGGCUCCGAGCUUCGGUAAGCCAGUUCGGCGGCAUGGCGUCCCAGGGUCGUCGGCGGAGGCCGCCGCGGAGGCCCGAGACCGUGGUGCCGGGGGAGGCGGCCGAGACGGACUCGGAGCUCUCUGCGUCCUCGUCGGAGGAGGAGCUGUACCUGGGCCCCUCGGGCCCGACGCGCGGCCGCCCCACGGGGCUGCGGGUGGCCGGGGAGGCCGCGGAAACCGACUCGGACUCGGAGCCGGAGGCGACCGCCGCGCCGGGGGACCUGCCUCCGCUGGUGGUGCAGCGGGAAACGGCCGGGGAGGCCUGGGGCUCGGAGGAGGCCCCGGCGCCGGCCCCCGCGCGCUCGCUGCUGCAGCUCCGGCUGGCCGAGAGCCAGGCGCGGCUGGACCACGACGUGGCGGCCGCGGUGAGCGGCGUGUACCGCCGCGCGGGCCGCGAUGUGGCCGCCCUGGCCGGGAGGCUUGCGGCCGCUCAGGCGGCGGGGUUGGCGGCGGCCCACAGCGUGCGCCUGGCGCGGGGGGACCUCUGCGCGCUGGCGGAGCGCCUGGACAUCGUGGCCGGCUGCCGCCUGCUGCCCGACAUCCGCGGCGUGCCGGGGACCGAACCUGAGCAAGACCCGGGACCGCGGGCCUAGCCGGCUCCCCCUCCCCGGCCUGACUCUGCGCCCUGGGGGGAGUCCUGAGGCCUCUGCGACCCGGCCCUGUCCCCUGUGCAGCUCCCCGCGCGUCUUGCUGUCACCCUCUGGACGUGCGUCACCUGCAGGAAAGCGCAGUGUUGGGGAGCGUGGUGACGGCGCAAGCCCCGCCCUGUCUCCAGCAUCUGGCUCCUCCCCCUGGCCCUGUCCUCCGCUCCCUGGUUUGGCUCCAGGCCCUGGUAACCAGUAGCUCCCUCAUCUUUCUCCAUGCCGGGCUCUCGCGUUGCUUCACGUUUCCUUGUGCUCUGCCUUUCUUGAGUUUGGUUUCUGCUCACAAGGGCUGGUUUGCUUCUUCCCAUAGGCGCCUCGGAAUCUGGCCCAGAUUCCAUGGCAUCUUCCUUCACUCCCCUGGCUCUGCCUUUGGUCCUAGCCCCACUUCUGGAACUUCGUCCCCAUAGGCUGGGCCCUGGUUCCAUCUCCUGGUCCUUGCUCUGCUGUCUCCCAGCUUCCAAUCCUUGGGGCUUAGCUCCAGCCCCUGGGGUUGAUCUCAUGUCCUGAGUCCAGCUGUACCCUUAGGAUUAGUCUUGCUUCUUUUGCCUUCCCCAUUCUGCUUGUACUACCUACCUCAUCCUGAGCUUCACAGACUCCCUCCCCCCACCUGCCCAUGGUUUCCUUCAUCAGGCCCAAGAUCUCCCCCUUGCCCCACCCACCCGGCCCAAGGGGGUCUUCCCAAUUUUCCAGGCUGAAGAUGGCAUCUCCUCCAGAACUUCUGGACCAAGUGGUCAUGUCCUCCCCACCUUCCAAACCAAGGUGGCUUUUGUGUCCAAGCUCUAGAUAUAACAUGGGUCUUCUCCUGACUGUCCAGGCUGACAGGGGCACUCUUCUGGCACUUAGGGCCUAAUGCAGUCUUGCCCCAGUACUUUAGGUGCAUUGUGACACCGAUUUGCAGAUAAUAAAACACCACACACUUGGUGUUUUAUUCCCUGUGUUGGCCCCUGGAGGCUACAGGGACCUGGGUUUCUGGCUUGGCUCAGGGCCUGGGCUUAGCAGACUCUGCUCUCUCUCCUGCCCCCAGCCCUGGCCCCUCAGUCCCGUUCAUAUUUAUCCACCUCCCCCACUUUAUAAUCCCAACCUGAAGCUGAGAUCCGAGCCUCCUGGGAUAGAGAAGUGAAGAAGAGUGCGCUGUACCCAUCUCAUUAAGACUCAGAACAUUUACUGCUAUGGGAUAGGUUCGUUGAUGAUUUAUUUCUCUGAGAAUGGGAGUCCCAAGAGAUCUUUCAUGCCUGGCCUGUUGAAGGUGAAGCUGUCGCCGGGUAAUCGGGACCCUUUGUUUUUUGCCCUGGUUCUGCAUUUACUUACAUAUUGUUAAUUCACAUAGUUACUGAGCACCUGUUCAGCGCCUGCCCUGUGCUGGGCAUUGAGGCUACAACAUCCAGCCCAGGCCCUCACGUUGCUCCCAGCCCACUGGGGGAGACAGACAUUAAUAAAAUUUUCUCCUAAAUAAA